AUGAACUCCCGAGGUUCUUUUUCUAGUCAUUAUCAAUCUCAGAAACGUUAUCGAGAAACUCGAACCGCUGAAAGGUACGAGACGUCAGAAAAUGUUAAUCCAAAUGGUAAUAUUGUUUCUGCCUUCUCGAGUCUAGACGGUACGAAUUACGCAAGGCUCCACGCUUUAAAAAACAAUGUGUACAACUUUCCCUUUAACCAAUCGGCUACAUUGACAUUUACACAUAUUCAACCAGAUCCUUACGCACCAGGCAGCCAACUAUGCGUGACUGUACCUCUUCCUCAGUUUCUUUCUGUGACCGCACUCCUCUCACCCUACUCUGGAACUAUUUCAAACCUUGCGUCUGCCUGUAAAAUGAAAAGGGACCACUAUUUUGAACUUGUGAAAUGGCAUUGUCGAGUAGCGGUGGAAGAUUUUUUAUUGAGAUCUCUAUGGAAAGGGCUACGGGAGUAUCACCGAAGUGGUAACAUUCAACUAUUGAAACCUUCACAACACGUGUUACCGCGAAGUUCGGUUGCGAUCACAACCGAUGCGAUUCAAAUCUUUCUUCGCGUGAAGCUUCCGGGUCAAGGAAGGCGGAUUGACAGUCAAGCCUGUCUUAGGAUCCUAACAAAAGAGCUGCAACCUGCCAUUCAGCAUAAGGUCUGUGUCCUCGACGAAUGUGAGGUCCAACGCCAUGUAACCUCAGUGCUCGAUCAGGUUUGGUUGCGGGAACAGCUGCAGCCGAAUGAUUUGGUGGCUUUUGUGCGGGAUGGGGCCGUUCUGCCGCGUGCCGCAGGGGAUUCUGAUCUCCCCAUGGACAAUGCCGUCCUUUUCAAGUCGCCGCACAGUUUAAAUCGAGUCUUCAAGUUGCCUUUUAGCGGCACGUCAAUUACCGGCAUGGGACUGCCGAAGGGUAUCACCUUAAUCACAGGCGGAGGGUUUCACGGGAAGUCAACGCUUCUCAGAUCUCUGGAACUUGGGGUGUAUAAUCAUUUACCCGAUGAUGGUCGCACGUUUGUAGUGAUCGAUCCCACCGGUGUUAAGAUCCGCGCGGAGGACCGCAGAAGCAUCCAAGGUGUGGAUAUCUCGCCUUUUAUCAACAAUCUACCUUUUAAGAAGGAUACGACCGCCUUCACGACGGACGACGCCAGCGGCAGCACAAGUCAGGCGGCGAAUAUUAUCGAAGCGCUCGAGUUCGGCUGCACCGCAAUUCUGCUAGAUGAGGAUACCUCGGCGACGAACUUUAUGUAUCGCGACACUCUCAUGCAAAAGCUUGUACCACGGGAGUUGGAGCCGAUAACGCCUUUCGUGGAAACUGUCCGCGGCCUGUUCACCCAACAUAGCGUCUCCACGAUUAUGGUGGUUGGGGGGUCAGGGCAGUAUUUAUCGCGCGCUGAUUUGGUGUUAAUGAUGAACAGCUACACCAUCUCCGACGUCACCUCGAAAGCGAAGGAGCUGGCGGCGGCUGAGGAACAACUUCACGUUGAGAAGGAGAAAUCAAAAAGCGAUGAACAAGAUAUCAAAGAGGAAAUGCCGUGCGGAAGCCGUAGCUAUGUCGAGUCGGCGCCUCUUAUUAAGAUACCGUUGAAACGCCAUUUGGACUACGGCGGUACGUUUAACUGGACGUGGAAUAAAAAUGGUCGAGACUUUGUAAAAAUAAGCGGCACUGGGAUGAACAUCAUUCGCGUUGAUGAUGAAACUAUACAUCUAGACUUAGUUGAACAACUUGUAGAGGAGGGGCAAGUCAACGCUAUUGCGCAAUGUUUGGCGCUACUACGAGAUGAUGGAGCUGCGACGACCGAAGAAGUUCAAUCCCGUCCUGCGAAAUCGUAUCCUGGGCAGGGCAGAAGCAAUAAUAAUCGUGAUGAUCAAUUGACGUCAAGAUGGUGUUAUCCCUCUCUAAUUGACAGCUUCCUUACGUUUCAACCAGGAGAUUAUUCCCAUCUAAGCCAGCUGGUUUUCCACUGUGAAAGCAGGCUUCGCCAAGCUGCGCUGGAAUGCCAAACCAAAUCGUGCUACUUGCCUAGGGGAUUCACCACGCUACCACGUGUAUUCGAAAUCGGAGCCGCGUUGAAUCGACUACGUACAUUAUCCACAUAUCGGAGAUGA